AUGUUUGUUGAAGAUUUAGUCAAAGGAUUUUAUGACAUAAUUUCAAAAAAUAAAAUUUUGAUUUUGGUUAACUAUGAUGUGGAUGCAAUUUGUGCUGUGAAAAUACUUCAGUGCAUAUUACGUUUUGAUAAUAUAGUUUAUGUGCUUGUACCGGUAAAAACUGUUACAGAGUUAAAAAAAGCUUUUGAAGAGCAAAAAGUCGAUGUAAAGUAUGUUGUAUUAAUCAAUUGUGGUGGUACAUUAGAUAUAAUAGAAAUAUUAGAACCAGAGGAAAAUAUUACUUUUUUUGUUGUUGACAGUCAUAGACCUACAGAUAUAUGCAACAUUUAUAGUAGUUCUCAGGUUAGAGUACUAACCCCCCCUGACGAUGAGGAAAAAAUUCCUGAUUUUGAAGACAUUUUCAAUGAAAAUGAAUCAUCAGAUGAAGAUGUCGAUUCCGAUGAACUGGAUGAAGAAGAAUCUGAUACUGUUAAUGUUAAUGCCAAUAGCGUUGAAGAACAACAAAACAAAAGAAGAAAACUUGAUCAAAGUACACUAGUUAAAAGAAGGGAAAGAAGAAGAUGGGAAGAAAAUAGAAAAAAAUUGUUAUUUGAUUACACUCAAUUUUCAUACUAUGGGCGUUCGGCUGCAAUGUUAAUGUUUGAUCUUGCUUGGAAAUUACACAGAGAAUCUGUUGAUUUAUUGUGGUGGGGAAUUGUUGGUGUGACUGAACAAUACAUCUUGGGCAAGACAGAACGUAUGCGUUACCUUAGAGAAGUAGAAUUGAUAGCCGGUCACAUUGGUCGUAUUUGUGAUUCUACAGCUAUUAAUGAUGAUGAAGAUAAUAUGUCACAAUCUUCAAUGCCUAAACCCUCAAACACUUCUACACAUCUUCGAAUUGAAUCCGAAAAAGAUCUACUAUUGGCUCUAUACAGACAUUGGACAAUUGAAUGCAGUCUUCGAUAUUCAAUGUUUACAGCAGUAUCUUUGAAACUUUGGACGAUUAAAGGGGAAAAAAGACUAAAACAAAUAUUAGCAGAAAUGGGGUUACCUUUAGCAGAAAGUCGUCAAAUGUACCAUUCAAUGGAUUUAAGUUUACGUAAACAAUUUUAUGGUAUGAUGGAAAAAAUUUCCAAUACCCAUAACUUAUUACAAAUGACUUAUCCUUCGUUUAUGCUACAUCAAGGAUUUAAAACGAGGUAUCAAUGUGCUGACUAUGUUUAUUCAAUGGUUGCUACAUUAGAAACCAAUUCUCGUGAAAGUUCCCCUACCCAGUGUUUUUAUAACACAAUGGAUUCGUUGUCCAGAUCAAAAAAAGAUUUUUUAGACCAAGGAAUAGAAAAAGCCAAGUGGAUAUUGUCCAACAUGUUUAGGCAUGUCCAGGCAGCAUUAGACAUGAGACAAGUCAUAUUAGCUGGGCCGUUUUACUAUUUAAUUGUACAAGAGGGUACAUUGCAUUCUCAGCACUAUUCCAAUCCUCACUGCUUAAUUAUGUUAGCAUCAUUUGCGCUAAGAGCUCAAGUAGCUUCAUCAAGAAAAAUCAAAGCUACUCGUUUGCCAUUAAUUGCUUCAGCAACUCUAGAUUCAGAUCAAGAUACAUGUUUAGUAGUUGGUAUCCCUCCUAUCACCGAGUCAAUGCCUAGAAGUUUUUUUGGAAAAGCAUUUGAACAAGUUUCCAACAAAACGAAUAUUGAAGUUUCAUUGGAUUACUUCGAUUCAUCUAUUGCAAAAAUGCAAACUAAAGAUCGACCAAAGUUUUUUGAUGCCCUGACAGCGUUACUUAGUUGA